CGCUUAGCAAACUUAUUUGAACUUGAAGCUGUUUCGAGAGGAGGCACAUUACCUUAAGCCUUCAUUUGCUGUGAUUUUGCCUAAUCAAACGAACAACGCAGUAUUUUGACAAAUUAUCCACAAACAGUGGAAAAUGGGGUCAUUUCUUUCGAUCCCAGUAACGCAAAAGCCUGAAAUAUAUGAGCUUCCGAGUCAGGUGCAAAGAGACGAUGAUGAGAUAUUCCAAGAAUUCAAUGAGAACAUUUGUAAAACCAUGCGUCGCCAGAAUUUGCGCUCCAGACAGGAACUGAACCUCUUGAAUGCAUAUAGACGUAACUGGAGUUCAGUGGUUGAAAAACUGAUGAAAAAAUACCCCAAGUGGUCUUCUGAAGACAUCUUGAACCUUAGAUAUCGAUAUGAGAUUGUGGCCAAACGUUAUGGCUAUCUUCUUCACUUCUGUAAUUUCAAUGAGCUGCUUGACUCCAUUUCUGAUGAGUCUUCUCCUGAGCAGCGCAGAGAGAUGUUUAGCAGUGUAGACACCCAUCACUUCUACGCACUCAACUUCAAGGAAUAUCUUCAGAUAAUGGAUAAAAUAGGCAUUGAAACACCAGUACCUAGGCCUCCAGGAGUUGAUGAAGACAGAGAUGAGAUUAUGGUCUUAAUUGAUGAUUUAUUACAAUGUCACAUGAGUACCCAGAUGGUCUAUAAAGUAUUCUAAAUUUCAGGCUGAUCCUUUCGGUAAUGAAGCUCAGCUGCAGUUCUUUUAAUCCUUAGUUUUGUUUACUCUCCCAACUGGGUUUAACUUUUAAGUAGCAUACAAAGAUUUGUUUUGUUUUUAUUGUAUUUAAUUUUUUUCAGUAUUGCUGUUUAAGACAAAUCUGUACUGCAUCUCAAACUAAAUAUAUUAGAAAAAAUAUAUAAUUCUGUGAAAAAAACAAAAUGGAGAUUUAUUAUUAAAGAUGAAUAGUCAGAAUAUAUUUAAUGCAUGAUAAAAA